UUUCUUCCAACUAAAACCCAGAACUUUCCUUAAGUCCCAAAUGGAGUAUUCUGGUUCAUCAAGUAGGCCUUGUUUCAUUGAAGAGGAUGAUGGGUUGGCUUCUCUUGCAGAUAUGGAAGCUGGAUAUUCGGGAACCCACUACCAUGGUUUUAACCAAAAUGGGUUUUUCUCAAGGAGGACUAGUUUGAGGAAUUUGACAUCAUCGUCUUCUUGUUCGAGGUUUGUUAGGUUUUACGAUGGCAGAUUCGAAGAUCAUCAGCCCCAUUUCUUGGAUGCUUGUUUUCUUUGCAAGAAUCCUCUUGGGGCUAACCGAGACAUCUUCAUGUAUAGAGGGGACACGCCAUUCUGUAGUGAAGAGUGCAGACAAGAAGAAAUAGAGACGGAUGAAGCCAUGGAAAAGAACCGGGACCUUUCUUCCUCAAUGAAAUUAUCGAUAAAUAAGGAACAAAGGAAAUCGAAAUCUUCGAACAAAGCUCAAGACUACUCUUUCAUUACUGGCACCGUUGCAGCUGCUUGAGUCUCCUCAACAUCUCCACCAUACUUAUAGUUGCAG